AAGAACUAGUCGAGACUAAACUACUACCUCAACACCUGUAGCUAAUGACUUUAGGAGAGCUCCAAUAUGAUACAUCUUGUUUCAUUUCCUAUUCACAAUUCUUUCAUGUGAGUAUUGAUGUUCGAAAUUGUCGCCUAGUGACCCUUUAAAUCUGGCGAGCAACUAGCAAUCAUGUCGCGACUCGCGACCAUUCUGCUGUGUGUUUAUACACUAUUCUUCAGCAUCGCACAUACAUGGGAACAUCUCUCAGAGUCUGAUCUUGAAUCUAUGCUCAAUAAUAACGAAGCAGCAACUCCUUUGGAUAAGAGGACUGAACAUUUAGAGACGGAAUGGUCGCUGACGCUUCCCGAGGCGAAAGUGUCGUUUGUCAGUAUCGACUGUACGGCGAAUGCCGCCAUAUGCGCUUCACAUGGUAUCUCUUCAUCUACAACUGUGAAAUUGUUUAGCAAAGGAAAACUCGUAUCGGUAUACGCAGGCCCUCGAAGAGCGUCAGCUCUUCUCGCUUGGGCUGACCGCGUACAGCGCCCCGUUAUUUCAGAUGUUAAUGCUGCGUCGUUAGAGGAUUUCAGAAAGGCAGACGAGACAGUAUUCAUCGUCUACCUCAGUACGGAUGAUGAGGCAUCCAAGGCCGCUUUCGCCAAUGUGGCGGGUCGGUACCACGAAGAAUUCACGUUCGGAGUGGCUACCGAUGACGAUGCUCUAGAGGCAGAGAAAGUAACCGCGCCGGCCGUUAAAUGCUAUAAGCCAGUCGACGGUGAUACACAUGACUUUAACAGCCUUUCAGAUACUACCGCACUCGAGGCUUUCGUAAAAGAAGCCUCGCGACCAGUCAUAGGAGAGCUUCUACCACAUAACCACCAGCGGUUCCUCGAUCGUGGAUGGUCAAUGGUCUACGUCUUUGCUGCUACGGAGGUAGAGCGUGCUGGGAUACGAAAAGACUUAAACAAGAUGGCUCGCGGUAACUAUAAGAGCCUAACUAUGGUCACCGUCGAUCCCUACGAGUUUCCCGAUCUACCUGCAAAGCUCGGUCUUGAUCCAAAUGUGCUCCCGGCCGGUGCGGUCCACCAGCUUUCGAAGGAUAGGAUCUACCCUUACCCCAAGGGCAAGGGGUGGACCUCGAGUGAGGUCCAAGGCUGGGGUCUAGAUGUCUGGCAAGGGCGUAUCAAGCCCUGGACGCCACCCGGCGUGACAACUACGUAUGAUGACCUAGGCGGGCGGAUCAAAGCUACGCAAAAGAUAUCCAUGAGAAAGAUACCAGGUGUCAAAAUCAAGAUUGCGGGUCGCGAUGAGCUCUAAGAUGA